AUGCAAGGAUUAUUAUUAUUAUUAUUAUUAUUAUUGUCAGCUGAUGGGAUACUCCGAUCUCUAGGACGCCUCCGCCCGCAGACUCUCGCUCACCUGCGACCGGCGGCGGACGACGCGGUUCAGACGCAGGCGGUGAGGGAGCUGCUGCUCAGGCUGCUCGGGGCCCGGGCCUCGGACUUUCUGGUGCUCGUCAACCGGUCUGUGGGUGGGCAGGACAGGUUCGAGCUGCGGUCCCUGAAGGACGGCCGUGUCUCCGUGGAGGCGAACACGGCCGUGGCCGCGGCCACAGGGCUGUACAAGUACCUGAGCGCCUUCUGCGGCUGCCACAUCUCCUGGUCCGGGCGGCAGCUCUUCCUGCCACCAAAGCUGCCCUCAAUCCCGACCCCUGUCACUGUUACAGCCCCACACAGGUUUCGUUACUAUCAGAAUGUUUGUGCAUCCAGCUAUUCAUUUGUCUGGUGGGAUUGGAAGCGUUGGGAAGAGAUUGACUGGAUGGCACUUAGUGGCAUUAAUCUCCCACUAGCAUUUACUGGUCAAGAAGCCAUCUGGCAAAGGGUGUACCUUUCCCUUGGCCUCAAUCAAACAGAUGUUGAGAACUUCUUUGCAGGGCCCGCAUUUCUUGCGUGGAGUCGCAUGGGGAAUAUCCAUAGCUGGGCAGGCCCUUUGCCCUCCUCCUGGUAUGAAAAGCAGCUGAAUCUGCAGCACCAGAUUCUACAGCGGAUGAGAUCGUUGGGGAUGUUGCCAGUGCUACCUGCCUUUGCUGGGAAUGUGCCAGGUGCUGUCUCAAGAUUAUUUCCUACAGCAAACAUCUCCAGACUUGGAAGUUGGGGACAUUUGAACUGUACUUACUCUUGCUCUUACCUGCUGGACCCUGAAGAUGCUCUCUUCCAGCGGAUAGGCCAGAUGUUUUUGGCGGAGGUGAUAAGAGAGUUUGGUUCUGACCACAUUUACAAUGCAGACACCUUCAAUGAAAUGGUGCCCGGCUCCUCAGAUCCCAAAUAUUUAUCCAGUGUCAGUAGUGCUGUCUUCAAGUCAAUGACCCAAGUUGAUCCCAAGGCUAUUUGGCUCAUGCAGGGAUGGCUAUUUGUGAAUCGACCUACAUUUUGGCAACCAGACCAGAUCAAAGCUUUGUUGCAUGGGGUUCCACUGGGGAAGAUGAUUGUCCUGGACUUGUUUGCAGAGAGUCAACCAAUGUAUGCCAAAACACAAUCUUUCUACGGGCAACCCUUUAUAUGGUGCAUGCUGCACAAUUUUGGGGGCAACUUAGGAAUGUAUGGGACCGUGGAAAGUAUUAAUAAAGGUCCUUUCGAAGCAAUGAACUUUCCAAAUUCCUCCAUGGUCGGCACAGGACUGGCACCAGAAGGAAUUGAGCAGAACGAUGUUAUAUAUGAACUAAUGAAUGAAAUAGCAUGGCACAAAGAAUCUUUAAACCUCACAGAUUGGUUUGCAUUGUACCCUCAGAGGCGCUACGGAACGAAAAAUCAUCACGCGGUAGCAGCUUGGCAGCUGUUAUUACGGAGUGUCUACAAUUGUACUGUCUACAUGAAAAAUCACAACAGAAGCCCCUUAGUUCACAAACCUUCUCUGAGCCUGAAUACCUCACUGUGGUACACUAAAACUGACGUUUAUGAAGCUUGGAGCCAAAUGCAGGCAGCUGCUUCUGAUCUGUUAACUAGUGAGACCUUCAAGUAUGACCUUAUUGAUGUGACGAGGCAGUCUGUUCAAUUGUUAGUGUCCGACUUUUAUGAAGACCUCAAAGUUGCAUUCUUCAAUAAUUCAUUGGAAGAAUUGCUGACUACUGGAGGAGUCUUGGUUUCUGACCUCUUACCUGAGCUCGACAGUCUCUUGUCCAGUGAUAGACAUUUUAUGUUGGGCCGUUGGCUGGAAUCAGCGAGGUCCUUGGGCACAGGUGAAAAGGAAGCAGAUCUGUAUGAAUUCAAUGCCCGAAGUCAAGUCACUCUGUGGGGUCCAGAGGGGAAUCUUCUGGACUAUGCCAACAAGGAGUGGGGGGGUUUGGUAAAUGAUUAUUAUACAGUACGUUGGUACCUCUUUGUAUCCACACUUGCUGAGUGUCUCAAUAGCGGAAUUCCUUUUCACCAACAUCAAUUCGACCAAAUUGCCUUUCAAGCAGAGCAAGGCUUUAUCUUGAACAAAAAAAAGUAUCCCGAUCAACCGACGGGGAACACCUUUGAGAUAGCAAAGCGAUUGUUUCGAAAGUACCAUCCUCAAGUAAUGAAAAGAUUAAAACUGCAAUCAGGGAGGCCACGCAGGUAUAGUGGAUAGAGCUGCAGCUCAUCGACUGGGAGCUUGCUGUUUCAAAUCCCUGUGCUCGGUUUGUUGGUCGCAUUGCUAUGGCUAACUUGGCCCUUGCCUUCUGGUUUAAGAAGGUUAAAAUCUGCUGGGUUUCCUUCUCUCUCUUCAAUACCUUCGAUUAAGGGAUGCUGGGUCAAUUGGAAUUUUAAAGUCUGAUGUCGAUAGAUUUUUGUUAGGUGAGGGUAUCAAGGGAUACGGAGAAAAGGCGGGUAAAUGGAGUUGAGGUGCAACAUCAGCCAUGAUAAUAAUAAUAAUAAUAAUAAUAAUGAUGAUGAUUUAAUAGAAUGCUGUGGAAAAGGCUCGAGGGGCUGUUCCAAGCGCAUGUGUGUGUCAGCUGUGUAAGGCGUGCCGUGCCGUGCCGUGCCGUGCCGGUGAAGUGGCCGAGUGGCACUGUACAUGAAAUGUGAACAAUGGCCACUUGGGACAGGUAGCAGAGAGCAACCACUUGACCUUAGAACUGCACCUCAACAAAAGGAGGCUGAGAAGCAAGAACAUAUGCCGGUGCGGAAGAAAUUAGAAAAAAAAUAAUUCACUAGUAAAAAAAACUAUAUUCAAUCCAUCCUACCUCUUUGAUUUGCUUUCUUUGCUUUUAUUCUUGGUUGGGGGGGGGAAAUGAUGUUUUAUAUUUGUACUAUUCUGUAUGAAAAUGUAAUAAAAUAAAAGCUAAAUUUAAAGAAAACAUUUGUAUUGAGCAACUGCCUCCAUGUAAGGCUUCACAUUUACAACAACAACGAAAUUACAUUCACAGAGCGCCUUUACCAGCUCAAAUGCGAUUAACCUUGCAUAACUUGCCUGCGGUUUUGCUUGCCCAGGAAUCGAACCCAGGUCCUCUCGCUCGCUGUAACCAAUAUGCUACAGGAUUCCACGACUUGUUAUUUGACCCUCUAAAUACUGCAAUACCUCCAAUGUAUACCUCCUAUUAAAAUAUCAACUAACUGCU